AUGACGAAGGGAGGCCAUUGGACGCCUCACUUGCCCACAAGUCGAAGUGGAACCCAUACGCCCGAUACUCCAGGGAAGCCUAUCCUGGUCUUAGGGGCUGGUGUGAUUGGGUUGACGACUGCGUUGAAGAUCCAGCUGCAAGGCGGAUACAGAGUGCUUAUCUUGGCCGAUACCCUUCCAAGUGAUCCCAAGUCAAUCGCGUACACGAGUCAAUGGGCGGGCGCGCAUCAUGUAUACAGUGCAAGGGAAGAAAAUGGGCUGCAGUACAAGCUCGAACAAGCGACCUUCGAUACGAUGUGGAAGAAGUCUGAGCCGGGAAGCGAAGCAGAGGAGUGCUUCCUGCGUGUUCCCCAGACGGAGUAUUUCUUUGAUGAGGCUAGCGAGAUCAAACCUCUUCGGUCAAUGCCUAACUUCAAAUACCUCGAACAAGACUCUCUCAUCCCCGGUGCCAAACUCGGAGUCUCAUUCACAACCCUAACCAUCGACACCCCUAUAUACCUCAACUACCUCCUCAGCCGGUUCCUUGCCAAUGGUGGCAAGAUUCUUCGCGGUUCCGUGCAGCACAUCAACCAAGUGAUAGAAGCUGGCGCGCGCAUCUUCGCGGGCGGGACGACGGUGGGGCAUAGCGCCGACCCGCCUGUUGCUGUGAUCAAUUGUACGGGGCUGGGUGCGAGGUUUCUGGGUGGUGUGGAGGAUAAGAGUGUGUAUCCUGUGAGGGGCCAGACUGUGCUUGUGAGGGCGCCGUGGGUGAGGUUUGGGCGCACGACGUAUAGGGAUGAUACGGGUGCCUGGACGUAUAUUAUUCCCAGGAGGAGCAGUGAUGUUAUCGUAGGAGGGACGAGGGCCCGAGACGAUUGGUUCCCCAAGCCCAGGCCGGAAACCACUGAAGAUAUUCUACGACGAGGCUUGGAAUUGUGUCCCGAGUUGGCACCGCCGGAAGCUCGGUUAGGAGGACGAAAGCCGACACUCGAAGAUGUUAUGCCGCAUGUUGUUGGGGAGGGAUGUGGGCUGCGGCCUGCUCGAGAAGGAGGGGUGAGGAUAGAGACUGAGUGGACGGAAGACAUUGGUGGACGGGGAAGGGUUCCUAUUAUCCAUAAUUAUGGACAUGGCGGGGCUGGCUUCCAAGCUUCAUGGGGCUCAUCGGUUGUCGUACUUGAAUUGCUUGAAGAGGCGCUUUCGCAACUUGAGAAGUCAUGA